CCUCCCUAAUCUGUAUAAAUUCCACACCACAGAAACUGAGUAGCUUUGGAAACUGACCUUGCCGAGGAGCCCAAGCUGGAAAUUUAGGUAAGUGACCUAAGAGGUAGGGCAAGGAGCUGUUUCUGCUUGAGGCUUAGAAAAGGCCUCUCAGGGUUGUAAAGCUACUAUGGCUCUGGAGAAGUCUGUCGUCCUGUUUCCACUGCUAGUCCUGGUGCUGCUGGUGCUAGGAUGGGUCCAGCCUUCGCUGGGCAAGGAAUCUUCAGCCGAGAAGUUCCUGCGGCAGCACGUGGACUCAAUUGAUUCCCCCGGAAACCUUAGCCCCACCUACUGCAACCAAAUGAUGCUGCGCCGGAAUAUGACAAAGGGAUCCUGCAAGCCUGUGAACACCUUUGUGCAUGAGCCUCUGAAAGACAUUAAGGCUGUCUGCUUCCAGGAAAAUGUCACCUGUAAGAACGGCAAUAGCAACUGCUACAAGAGCCAUGCCAGUCUGCACAUCACAGACUGCCGCACGAUAAGCAGCUCUAAGUAUCCAGAUUGUGCUUACAAGACCAGCCAGGAGCAGAAGCACAUCAUUGUGGCCUGCGAGGGGGACCCCUUUGUGCCGGUUCACUACGAUGCCUCCGUGUGAGGCUCCACCUAAGCCAGACCAAUAAGAUUCCCCUGUCCCCCAGCUUCAUCUUCCCAAUACCCGUCUCCCCAUUUCUUUCUUUUCCCUGAAAAAAAAUAACUCCUCUUAGGCUUCUAAGAAAUACAAACAUGCUUUUUCUCUCUGGAACCUUGUUUCUGCGUGGCUCUGGGCCUGGUGAGCAUCCUCCGUUUCUUUCAAUAAAACAAUUGCACCCCCCUGAUUCCUCAAA